AUGAUCAUCGGCGAUGGGACGUCGGAGAGUGUUGAAGGGGAUGGAAAAGCGGUGCCGGGGAAGAGGAAGUGUGGGAAGACAGAGCUUGCUGGAGCUUCUGAUGUGGAUGUCGAGCUGAACAGCGUAUUUACUACUAUUCAAUUAGAGAUUAAAGAAUCAGAUAUGAUUGGGGAUACGACAGAUGCAUGUUCAAGAGGUCAUUUUGGUAAUGUUAUACAAUGUUAUAGAGCAAAAGUGGCGCUAAAAUUCUAA